AUGAUGUCCAAGCCCGACGAGCUCCAAGACGAUACUCCCAAGUUCAAUGCCAUCCCUCUUUGUGGCAUUGACGAUGCCGAGUCCUCCUUGACUCUUUUUCAAGACGGUGCGGCGACGAGUACGACUAUGGAGACCCUCAAGGACCAAGCUUUGAAGGUGAGCAACAAGGUGGCGAGCAAGGAUGAUGCUUCUAUCUUAGGAGGCGAGAGUGAUGAUGUGCUAUCUUCGGCCUUCAUCCAUGGCGACAACGAUGCGAUGGUUGAGCAUGGGAUUUUCCCUUCGACCACGACAACGUUUGAUGACUUGAGUGACUUUUGCCACCAUAUUGAGAGUAAGAGUGACUUCACCACUAGCCCCAUAUAUGAUGUGUUGCGUCAAUUCCCAUGUGAGGAGAGCCACAACCCCCACCAUUCGAGUGAGAUGAGUGACUCCACCAUAUGUGAGAUUGAGUGCACCUAUUUUGUGGGAGUGAGUGAACCACCACAUAGAGAGAGUGAGAUAGUUGAUAGGUCAUGUGAGGCCACUUUUAACACUAACGACUUGACCUCUACCUCUAUUGUGUCUUCUCAUUUGGUGCUAGGUCCCUUAUAUGAUGACGCGCCGAUUCUCGACGACUUCGUCCUACCUUUGGACAAGACGAUGGCCAUGGUGCAAUUGUUCGUUGUCCUUAAUCCUUUUGAAGGAAUCAAAGACGGUGCGACAUUGAAGAGUGCCCAUUUCAAGCUUCAAGAUGACAAGAACUUGGUGAAUGUCCACUUCUACACGUCGAAGCCAUCUCUUUCCCAUGGUGAUUUGGUUUUUGAUCCGAGGUCGGAUCUUUCCCAAGGGAGGGGAGAUGAUGCGGAGCAUCCUACGGACAUCACCAUGUCAAGAGUCCGUUUGUCAAGUGACACGUUCGACAUCCACUUCACAUACACAAAGGUGAAUCAUCUCCUUUACCCGUGUUCACUUAACCUCUUCGAGGAUGCAAACGCCGCAGCCACGACCGUCCGGCGCGGAGUAGUGGACGUUCUCCGGGAGCGCGGGCUCGUGGAGGCUACCACCUCCGAGGCGCUCGGUUCUUCCUCGGCAGCUUCAGGGGAGCAGCAGAAGCUCAAGGUUUACUGCGGCUUCGACCCCACGGCCGAGAGCCUGCAUCUCGGCAACCUCCUCGGCCUUGUCGCGCUCUCCUGGUUCCGUCGUUGCGGCCACACCGCCGUCGCGCUCGUCGGCGGAGCGACCGGCCGCGUAGGAGAUCCCUCCGGAAAAAGCGCCGAGCGCCCUGAGCUAGACCUCGCCGCCGUGGUCGCCAACUCUGACGCGAUCAAGUCGCUCAUCGCUCAGAUCCUCACCCGCGCCCCCGAGCCAUCUCAUCUCGCCCAAUCUGGUAAAGAAGCGAUUUUGGACAAACAUGAAGAUGCUCUUGCCAAUUCUGACCAGGAUUUAUCAGAGAAAUCGGGCAAUGUGGGGGAAAGUAUGGGUUCCUUCGUUAUCUUGGAUAACUACGACUGGUGGAAAGACAUCACAUUGCUUGAUUUCCUCAAGGAGGUGGGCAAGUUCGCGCGUGUCGGGACGAUGAUUGCCAAGGAGAGUGUGAAGAAGCGACUCAAUUCAGAGGAUGGUAUGAGCUACACUGAGUUCACCUACCAGCUUCUCCAGGGCUAUGACUUCCUGUACAUGUUCAAGAACAUGGGUGUCAAUGUGCAGAUUGGGGGUAGUGAUCAGUGGGGAAACAUCACCGCAGGUACCGACUUGAUCCGGAAAAUUCUCCAGGUUGAGGGAGCGCACGGUCUGACAUUCCCACUCUUGCUGAAGAGCGAUGGAACCAAAUUUGGGAAGACAGAAGAUGGGGCGAUUUGGCUCUCACCAAAGAUGCUCUCCCCUUACAAGUUCUACCAGUACUUUUUCUCAGUCCCGGAUGUUGAUGUCGUAAGGUUUAUGAAAAUCCUUACAUUUUUGAGCUUGGAUGAGAUUCAUGACUUGGAAGAAUCGAUGAAGAAACCCGGCUAUGUGCCAAACACGGUUCAGAGGAGGCUUGCAGAAGAGGUGACACGCUUCGUCCAUGGCCAGGAGGGAGUGGAGGAGGCCUUGAAGGCAACUGAGGCCUUGCGGCCUGGGGCACAGACACAGUUGGACUCACAAACAAUUGAGGGAAUAGCAGAUGAUGUACCGUCUUGUUCCUUACCAUACGACCAAGUAUUGAAGUCUCCCCUGGUUGAUCUGGCUGCCUCUACAGGUUUACUUGCAAGCAAGUCAGCGGUUAGGCGGCUUAUAAAGCAGGGUGGUCUAUACUUGAAUAACAAGAAGAUCGAUAGUGAGGAUAAGUUGGUCGAGGAAGGUGAUAUAGUUGACGGGAAGGUGCUGCUGCUAUCUGCCGGAAAGAAGAACAAGAUGGUUGUGCGGAUAUCUUAA